CCGCGCCGCCCAGGGCGACGCAGGCGGCUGACUGAGGGAGGAUGGAUCGCGAUUUGGUCCGCCAGGCGCUCGGCUUCCACGGGCCGACGUUACUGCCCUUGCUGCGCACCGAGCAACACGACAAUCCCGACUUCCGAGGUCUCCUGCCGCCUGGGGGCCCCGGCCUGGAGACGCUACCGCCGCCCAGGAAAGAGAAAGGGAUUGAUAAUAUUGAGAUACAACAUUUCAUUGCAAAAAAAGCUGACCUCCUUUUUUCUCAUUCUUGGAAAACAAAUGUGCCAAUAACAACAGAAGCAAAUGAAGAGAACGAAGAUUAUUAUGCUAUUAUGCCACCAUUGGAGCAGUUCAUGGAUAUUCCCAGUGCAGAGAGGAGAGAACUGUUUUUCCGAGAUAUUGAACGUGGGGAUAUAGUGAUUGGAAGGAUCAGUUCUAUUCGUGAAUUUGGUUUUUUCAUGGUGCUGUACUGUCUGCGAAGUGGUGUUGUUCGAGAGAUCAUGGAUUUGGAAAUCAGUGCUCUUUGUCCGUUGAGAGAUGUGCCUUCCCAAAGCAGCCAUGGUGAUCCUUUAUCAUACUAUCAAAUUAGUGACCUUAUCCAAGCUGCAAUCAAGGAUAUCGAUCGCUACCACGAAAAACUCACAGUAUCACUGCACAGCUCUGCUCUUUCUCCCAGCCUUGCAAGUACCAAAUUAGGAGUAAUCAGCUUGGAUGACUUGCCUCUGCACUAUAGGAGGAGUGUCGAAAUAGCCAGUGGUUUGGAAACAUAUGAAAAAGUUUUGAAUCAGUCCUUGGGCUUUGCCAAUCCAGCAGUAGUUGAGGUUCUGGUAGGCAAACUAGGACUGAAUGAAUCCAACCCGCCAUCCUUAAUGAGAGGACUACAAAGCAAACAUUUCAAUGAAGAGGAUUUUGCUAUUGCAUUGAGGAAAAGACAAUCUGCCUCAUGGGCCUUAAAAUGUGUAAAGAUUGGUGUCGAUUAUUUUAAAGAGGGCCGCCAUGUCGAUGCGAUGAAUGAAUACAACAAAGCAUUGGAAAUAGAUGCGCAAAAUGUUGAAGCCUUAGUGGCUCGUGGGGCACUGUAUGCAACAAAGGGAAGCUUAAAUAAAGCAAUUGAUGAUUUUGAAGUUGCUUUAGAAAACUGUCCAACACACAGAAAUGCCAGGAAAUACCUCUGUCAAACGCUUGUUGAACGGGGAGGCCAGUUGGAAGAGGAAGAUAAGUUACUGAAUGCUGAGAGUUACUACAAGAAAGCUUUAAACGUAGAUGAGAUGUUUCAAGAAGCUGAAGAUGCCUUGCUGAAACUUCGUAAGCAGAUACAGAAAUCUCUGGAAAUGAGAGAGAAACAAGCUGCUAAAGAGAGACAAAAGGAGAAGAAAAUAGAAACCAGUGCAGAAAAACUACGUAAGCUCUUAAAAGAAGAAAAAAGGUUGAAGAAGAAAAGAAAAAAGUCCACUUCCUCCUCCUCCUCCUCCUCCUCCUCCUGUGAUUCUUCAUCAGAUGAAUCUUCAUCAACCUCCUCCUCUUCCAAUAACAAAAAACGCAAGAAAAGGAAUCGGAAUCGAUCCGAAUCCUCGCACAGCUCUAAAAAACACACAUCUAGAAGUUCCUCACAUCAGAGUAGGAAAGAUGACUGCUACUCUCCUCCAGCCAAUACCUCUGCUUCCUUUCUUAAUCAAAAGCAUGAAAUGGAGAAACUGCUAGAGAGGCAGGACAGGUUAGCCUAUCAAAAGCCUGAUGUAAGAGACAGAGAACGAGAUUAUUCUCUCUCAAGGACAUCUGCUGAUGAUGAAGAUCCCUACGGAGGUAGGUCUGAAGAUUCUAGGGAUUCUUGUAGCAGCUCUAGGCCUCAGGCAAAUAGUAACAAAACAGAAAAUCAGGGUAAGUCAGACAGAGUUUCCUCUGACAGGAGGGAUAACAUAGGUUCCUGUUGGAGAAAGUCUGAUGACAAGAACAAGACAAAUGAUUCAGGGAAGAUAGAAAAAGAACUUGGAAGGAAGGAACAUUAUCGAAAGCACAGUCCAAGCCAAACAAAGUAUAGCACAUCUCCAACAGGGUCUGAUUACUCAACCAAAUCAGUUGAGCGCUACCAUCAAAACACCAGUCGAUGGAUAAAUGAGCCUAGUAGAUAUAAUACUGACAGUCGACCUGAGUUGACUUGGACUAAAUGUGAGAAAGAGCCCAAGAGGGAGAAAAGAGAAACCACAAAAGCCAAGGAGCUAGAUGAGGAAGCUGCACUCAAUGGCCAAGGGCAAGUGGAAAGUGGUGCUAGGAAAAAACUGCCUCAGAACCUACUUACCAUAUUUAAUCAGAUAGCUGAAUUUGAGAGAGAAAAAGGAAGCAAGCAGAAAAACCAGUGAAUUGAAGGUAUUAAUUUUGGUGCAAGUGCAGUGUAGCUCAACUUCUAAUCACUUGAUAAGUCUGUGCUGUUAACAGAAAAAUACUUUUUGUUCUUUAUCGAUAAGCUUGUUUCAUAUUGAUUUAAGGAAUGAUGAAUCUGCAAGAGUUACAUCAUAUCUUUUUUGGGAAAUGUCAUGAUAUUUAGGAUAUUAAGAAAUGAACAGCUGAAAAAUCCUUAGCUAUUAUUAAGACAGCCACCUGUGCUGGCAUCUAAAUUGCACUUUACAAAAGGAAUCUUCAAGGCGCCAAUGACUGUUACUUUGUAUUAAUAUAACCAUGUAUUGUUAAUAAAACCAUAAACUCAAAUGUUUUUAAUGUAUGUGCCAUCAGUGUAUAUAGCCUGUCUUACUAUUAAAUUUUUUUUGUACAAAA